ACUAGACUCUUAUGGCAAGAAACAAUGUUGAAGCCACAUUUCCGAUUAUGGCAACAAACGAUGUUGAAGACACAUUUCCAGCUAUGGCAACAAACAAUGUUGAAGCCCUAGCUGAAAUCACCCAAUCCCUAAAAGAUGAGGAGAUCGUUGAGCUUAUUGUGUUUAAUGGUAUGGUACAAAUUGAAGACCAUUGGGGAAUAGUAAACCUUGAUGGAAUGCUACAAGAGUACUGUAGAGAUGCUAAUAAAAUAAUAAGUUUUGCAAAAACACAACUAGAGACCCAAAACCCUCCAUACGAACUCAUUGAUAACAUGCUUGAUAAGUUGGAAGUAGAUAGCCUAAGAGUUGCAGCAAAGAAGGUACACAUGUCUGUUAGACCUGUAAGACUAUGCUUGACCGGUGAUCUUGAAGACCUUGAUGUUGCCAAGUCUGCAUUAUGUACCCUGGAACGAGACAACCAAAUGUUUGAAUCCCAGAUUCGAAAAUUCAUUGAGAUGAAGAAGCAGGUGUAUCUUUUUGAUAGGGCAACAGCAGCAAAGUCAAAACCAGAGAGUAGUAUGCAAGGUGAAUAUGCAAGCAAAAAGGAGUAAUUAAUAGUUAGUAGAAGAUGAAACUCUAAAAGAAAGAUAAAUGAAAAGUUAUAUCAUGUUCCAUAUCUACUUUUGUUGUUUGUGAAUAAUGAUUAAAGAAUAAAGCUUGU